AUGGCAGCUCUCAUUUCUCAGAAGUUUCUGCUUUUUGUCAGGAUCUUGAAUGGGAUGCUGGACAUUGCUCAUGAGAAACCCGAGGAAGAUACUAAAAAGACAGCCACAGUUUUCCUCAUGCCUGCCGCCAAGUUUCUUGAGGGCCCAGCUGUUGGGGUUGACCACUAUGCCAUCAUCAAGUUCCCCCUCACCACUGAGUCAGUCGUGAAGAAAAUAGAAGACAACAACACAAUGGUGUUCAUUGUGGAUGUCAAGGCCAACAAGCACCAAAUUAAACAGGCUGUGAAGAAGCCCUAUGAUAUUGACCUGGCUAAGGUCAUCACCCUGAUCAGGCCUGAUGGAGAGAAGAAGGAAUAUGUUCGACUGGCUCCUGACUAUGACGCUUUGGAUAUUGCCAACAAAAUUGGGAUCAUCUAAACUGAGUC